AUGCGUAUUCAUGCACUUGUGUGGUUUUUUAUCGCCACAAUCUCGCGAUUUGCUAAUGGCGAUGAAGAUACUGACAUCGAAUUGAAACCUGCAUUGUCCGAAUGCAAGCGCAUUAAUCCAUGUGGUGCCACGCUUUUCGCGUAUCCACUCCUCGAGGACGAGCAUGACUUUUCCGGAUAUGGUAGCGGCAUGGCGCCGGUUUACGACGAAAUUCUUACGCACGAUAUUUAUGAUUUAAAUGGAACCCCGGAACAGAAGAAUUUUACACUUUGCCAGUGUCCAAAUGACGAACGCUGCGAUUUUUCCAAUGAGGAAAAUUCCAUGAAAGUGGAUUAUCAUGUGACUCUUCGAUUUUGCGACAAAUCUCAACUCUCAUCGGUUUGCCGCAAAAAUAAUGCAAAUUUGCGGGUUAUCGGAAACGCACAAUUGACAGGAGACCCAACCCACGCCAACCUCGACGAUGUCACGAAAUCAAUGAUAUUCUGUAAUUGCCCGCUCGGAUUUUCACGUCAAGGCGUUGAGGUGUGGGCUGGAAGCGAGAUAUCGUUGAAUUACAAAUGCUUGUGA